AUGAGGGGGUUUAGAUCAUGGAGGAAUCUUACAAGGAGAAGACAAAGCCAUAAUGGCUGCGCACUUUGUCGAGCCAAGAAGAAACCAUUCAUGGUGGUUGUCUGUACAAUAAUGUUGUAUAUUGCAUGUAGAACAACUUACCAGCAUUUACAUACAAAGGUAGCUUUCACAGGCUUGAAGGGUUUACCUUAUGGUAUUAUUGAAGCUAACUCUGACUUGGAAUUAAAACCUUUAUGGUCAGCAAGUAGCUCAAAAUUGAAGGCUAAUGUUCCCCAUCCGCAUAACUUGCUGGCAAUGCCAGUGGGUUUGAAACAGAAGCAGAAUGUGAAUACCAUUGUUCGAAAGUUUCUUAAAGAAAAUUUUACAAUUAUUUUAUUCCAUUACGACGGGAAAAUGGAUGAAUGGUGGGACCUCAAGUGGUGUAACAAGGCCAUACAUAUUGUAGCUGAGAACCAAACAAAGUGGUGGUUUGCAAAAAGGUUUCUGCAUCCAGCUGCUGUUUCAAUUUAUGACUACGUAUUUCUUUGGGAUGAAGAUCUAGGAGUGCAGCAUUUUAACCCCAAAAGAUACUUGGAUAUCGUUAAAGCAGAAGGACUGGAGAUAUCUCAACCAGCUUUAGAUCCAAACUCAACAGAUAUACAUCAUAGAAUCACAGUAAGGAAAAGAAAGAAUAAGUUCCAUAGAAGCCUUUAUGACCCUAAAGGUAGCACGAAAUGUUCGAGUACUAGCGUGGGGCCACCAUGUAACGGAUUUGUAGAAGGAAUGGCUCCAGUGUUCUCCAGAGCUGCAUGGCAUUGUGCUUGGCAUCUUAUUCAGAACGACCUGGUUCAUGGAUGGGGAAUGGAUAUGAAACUUGGAUAUUGCGCACAAGGGUUGAAAAACGUGGGAGUUGUCGAUAAUCAAUUCGUUUUACAUCAAGGGUUACCGACUUUAGGUGGACCUGCUGCUAAAAAGGUUUCUGGCGAUGUCAAUUUGGCGAAGACUCACCGUCCUCAUGAUAUGCGAUCUGAGAUAAGGAGGCAAUCAACGGCAGAGCUUGAAAUAUUCAAGCAGCGAUGGGAAAGGGCAGUUGAGGAGGACACAAACUGGGUCGAUCCGUUUAACAAAAGAAAAGAAAGACAAGCUUCCCCAACUUUCGACUCGUGA